CCACCUGUCCGGGGGAGGGUGUCCGGCUCCGGGCUGAGCUCUAGGGAUCAGCGCGGCGGCGGCGGCAGGUCGCUGCGGUUCCUGCCUCUGAUCCCUCUCAGCUGACGUCAGGAGAAAUGGCGGACCUGGACGGCAGCGACGCAUCUUCUUCCGAGUCCCAAGCUUCUUACUCCCAGUAUAGAUCAGAGGAUGGCACAGUGUCAUCAACCCCCCGUCGAAGCUCCUCAGGCUCCGGACAGACCUACACUCCCACCCCUAUCCCCACUCCAACCCCAAGUCACGCAACCAUCGGCAACAGCCCCAGUAACAAUGCUGCUGCUAAAAUGGACUCGUUACUCUUCAACAAGAUUGACGAGAGACAGAAGUUGGCCCGUGAGCGCAGGGAGGAGCGUGAGAAACAGAAUGCUGUCAAGGAGGCGCAGUGGCAGGCACGUGAGGAGCGAGCCCGGCAGCACUAUGAGAAGCACCUGGAGGAGAGGAGGAGAAAGCUCGAGGAGCAGAGGGUAAAGGAGGAGAAGAGACGGGCUGCCGUGGAUGAGAAACGGCGGCAGAAACUGGAAGAGGACAGGGUUCGUCAUGAGGCAGUGAUGCGUCGGACGCUGGAGAGGAGCCAGAGAACCAGGCAGAAGCCCAACCGCUGGUCGUGGGGAGCAGCCCUGAACACAAACACUCCCAGCACACCGGCCGAUGGUGACAGGCGGUCAGUGUCCACAAUGAAUUUAUCCAAACAUGCAGACCCUGUGAUCACCAAGCGCCUCUCUUACUCCUCCGCGACACUCCUGCACUCACCAGACAGAGGUUUACAGAUGAGAACAGCCUCCUCCCCUGUCAUUAACAAAGCUCAGUCCAAACUCCGCCUACACCAAGGAAAGACCAACCCACACAGAGACACAGGCCUCCGCCGUCUACCAUUGACGCCGUGGGAGAGCAAUAUGGUCAACCGCCUGCAGCAGCCGACACACUCCUAUCUGGCCCGGAGUCGCAGUGCCAUGAGUCUGUCUGGAGAUCAAACAGCCAUGCCUGUGUGUCCUCGCUCAGUGUCUUGCCAGCCCAUGGGCUCCAUGUCCUUCAAGGCCCUGCAGGCUCAGCCGCUGCCUCACUGCCGCAGCCAGGAGAGGAGCCUCAGCAGGGAGACGGCCUCGUCCUCCUCCACCGCCCCACGCAGGAGGACGACCGGAACCACACAGCACCGAAAGGACCGUGACAACGUCAGGAAGUCCUGGAGCAACCUGUCACUCCCACUGGCCCCCAUUAUGAUUUUUCCUCCCAGCAAACGCUCCUGUUCGCCAGGCAAAAAGAUCAGUAAAACGACAGCACCUUCUCCUGGCAGGCCUCCACAGAAGACAGCAGGGCGUCCUCCGACCCCCAAGCUGCUUAAAUCCCCGGGGGCAGAAGACCCUGGUAACCUUCGGCCAGUCAGAAUCACACCCAACAACCCUCACUCCCCAACACCAAACAGAGCCCAAGCCCAAGAAGAGGAGCAGGAACAGGUCCUCAGCCCUUCUCAGCCUCGACCUCAGCCUCUGGGUCAGAACAAGACCUCGAAUGAGCAGACGCCAACGGCACCAACAGUAUCGGGCGAGAGCAUAAGCAGUCCUCCAGCCCAAAGACUUUCAGCAGGCACCACAAAUCCAGAGGAGGCGAGUCGUAUCCUGGCUGAGAACAGACGGCUGGCCCGCGAGCAGAGGGAGAGAGAGGAAGAGAAGCGCAGGCUACAGGAGGAGCAAGCGAGGCUAGCAAAGGAGGAGAUGGCUCGCCGGAAAGCGGAGGAGCGAGUAAAGAGAGAGGAGGAGGCUCAGCAGCAGGCUGAGGAGAGGAGAAGAAAGGAGGAGGAAGAGAGGAAGGCAGAGGAAGAGAGGCUUGAGAAAGAGAGAGAAGAGGCAGAGAGACUCCAGACACAGAAAGAGGAAGAGGAGUCUCGACAGAGAGAGGAGGCAGAGCGACUGAGGCAGGAGAGAGAGAAACACUUUCAGAAAGAGGAGGCCGAACGCCUGGAGAGAAAAAAGCGCCUGGAGGAGAUUAUGAAGAGAACAAGACGUUCAGAUACAGCAGAGAAGAAAGUAAUUCCGAGCAGGAAUGGAGACAGUGCAGCCUCUCCUGCUCCGUCAGCAGUGACGAUGUCGCCAACACAGCACAGCAACGGCAACAGACGACAAACUGAACCCAACCCAAACCCCAGCACCACAGCACUGAGCCAUCCUGACCAGAGGGAGAAUGGAGAUUUCGAGGAGGUGAUCGUCUUGCCUUCACAUUCCAGGUUGUCUCCUCCUGAGGGAGAGGAGCAGCAGCAGCAGCAGGAGGAAGAGAGAGUUCCUGUCAUAGCCUUCAGGGAGAAUGGUCUCCUAAAGCCUCUGAGUGGAAUAGAGGAUAUAUCAGCCCAGCAGGGACCAGAUGUUGCCUGAUCCCCCGUGAGACCGAGAGGAUUCCGCACCCAGAGAGACAGGAAGAGAGGUGGUCAGAGUGAGAUUUGGUGAAACAACAGAGCUGCUGGACUGAAUCAAAAGGAAGAACUCGCAGCACCUGGAGGUUUAACUUUCUCACCCGGGCCUGCCACAGCAGAGCACACAUCCCAAAGAUGGUGUCUCCCAAAGAUCUGCCCUAAAAAAACCGAAGUAUCUUCAGAGCAAAGUUCACUUUUCCCUUGACUCUCUGGGGAAACAGAUUGUCUUUCUUUCUCUGACCACGUUUAGACUCGGCCAUAAUGUUUGUUCUGUGUACAGCCCCAUCUACCCCUGAGUGUCCUGAAGUCACUGGAGGGCAUUGAGCGUUUCAUCUGACUGUGUGCAUGUGUGUGUGUGUGUGUGUUUGUUUGUGUGUGUGUGAGAGAGAGAGAAAGACUUAUAGUGAUAUAAAUGACAUCAGUCGUGAUACUUGAAGUUGUUUGUGUAGGACAUACUGUAAUCAGAUCGACUGAAUCAGCACAGUGACGUCGUAACUGGAACUCACACAGCAGGAUCUGAAUUAUAAGGUUUCAUUUAUGCCCGUGCUCUCGCUUUAACAUUUCUAUUAAAGAUGUUGCAGGAGAGCUGGGAUGACAACGGUGCAUGAUGUUGCAUUAAGACGACAGUAAAGGUUCGUGUCAUGUAAAAUAUAUUUUGCUGUGUCUAUAGUGUUUAAAAUUAGGUUAUUAUUGGGGCAGCGUCGGAGUAUCAUGGAGUUUAAGUUAAACUAUGAAAACACUGAGGAUUAAUGUGUAAACUAGUUUUUUUUCGUUUAGUUUUAAUUGCUGUACAGAUAAAAAUUUGAUGCUUUGUUUCCUCCUCCAAACUUUGCUUUCUGUUCAGAUUGAGAGAAAAAAAAAUCUGUUUUGACGUCAAGUCCUGCCCCUUUUUUCUUUUCACGUUUCUCCAAUCAAAGCUGCGUCCUCUGUCUUGUCGCUUUAUCUGUGGCGGUGAACAAGUCCGAGGAGAACGCUGUAGCUUCGGCAUCUUGUUUUUGAGUUUGAAAAGAAUUUACUUCUAAUGUUAAUUUUGAAAUAAUCUCAUUAAAUUGAUUUUUUUUUAUGAUGAAAUGCUGCUAAUUCUUGACGUUCCUUUGCCUUACCGCAUUAUUGGAAGAAUGAGGUGUCUUGUCUAUACUUGGAACUGAAAUUCAAAAUAUGCAUUCCCGGUUUGAGCUUUUGACAUUCUGGCCACAAACUCUCCAGUAGCUUCCUUUUCUUGAUUUAUGUUAAAGUCUGAGAGAUCAUGAUGAAAUGUUGUCAGAGCUGUAAUGUCAAAUAACUGGGUCUUUAAAACAGCUUUUCACUGAGGAAUGAUUAAUGAGGGGGGUUCUAGUAAAACGCUGUUAACUAACCUGAUCUUUUUUUCCAUCUUUUUCAUAAAAACUUCUAGUGAUGCUGCUGUCAGUUUUUGGUUCUCGAACCUUUGCACUUCAUUCCCUCAGUUCUAACUCUUGCAGUACGACCAAACUGGAAGGAAACUUCAGAGCUUAUCCAUAUCUUGGCUUUGACGUUAUGGUUUCAGCCAGUGGUACAUAGCAUGUCCUUAUCGCCAUAGAAACUUGACUUAACUUGCAAAGAAACUGCUUUAACACGAGCAACAUCUCCUCUUAAGUAUAUUAUACAUAUAUAUCAUAUACAUUGUGUAUAAAAAGUUGAUCUAUUUUACUAAGACUGACCAUGAGGUUUUGGAAACUAACAAGUCCUUUACUUCAGAGGAGACGGGCUGUGGGAUAAGAUCUUUGAACCACUGUAAAACUGAAAUCUUUGUACAACUGUGGCAAGAAAAUAAAACUUUUUGAAUUGAUUACCUAUUCACUGAUG